AGUGCUGUGGUUGUUAUAUAGUCUGUAUUUUCCGAAUUAGCAAAUUGCUUUGAAAUAUUGUUUAAGUGAAAGUAAUUGAUAACAAAAACCUUUUUUAAUUUACUGUAAAAGUAAAUUUAAAUUGCAAGUCGGAACGAUAUUCAUCGCUGUCUUGGUUAAGAAACACAAAUGAAAAAUGGCCCAAAGUUCUCACGGCGGCAGCCACCGACGCAGUCGCGACCCCGAAGGUUCCAUGCGGUACACAAACACAGAUUGGGAGGCGAAAGAGGCUCUCUACCAACGAGAAUUAGACGAGGCUCGAGCCAGAGCUUCACAAAUGGAGAAAACUAUGCGUUGGUGGUCGGAUUGCACCGCAAACUGGCGAGAGAAGUGGUCUAAAGUGAGAAACGAGCGAAAUAAAGCAAGGGAGGAAACGAAACAAUUGAAAAACAAAGUCGACAUACUCACUAAAGAAAUUACGACACUAAGAAGUGAAAAGCAUGAUAUGGAACAAAGUUUAUUGGAACUUAAAAGGGACAAUGAGAAGCUUCUUAGUAUUGGCGAAAGCAGAAUUGUAUCUGGAGACCUUACAACUGAUGAUGGAGUAGAAUUGAGGCGGAAAAAUGUAGGUUAUGUAUCUCCUAAUGAAGCAUCUAUAAGACAAAGAGCUUCAUUAGAUUCUCAUAAAUUUUCCAAUGUGGAUAACGUUCUCGCGAACAAACUUAGCGAAAUGAGACUAAGAUUAGAUGAAACAUUUAAAAAUCUACAAAGUGAAAAGGAUCAGAAAUCAUUUUUAUUAGCAAAAAUAGAAACAUUAACAGCAGAGUUACAUAAUGCGAAAAUGGAACUCACACAUAGUGAUAGAACUUUAGGUUCUACAGAUUCUAGUCACAGUGAAGUUGAGAGAUUACAAAAUGAACUACAAGAUGAGACAGCAGCUAAACAAGUGCUGGAAGAGAAGAUGGCUGAGCUUAAAAUGGAAAUAGAAAGAUUGAAGUCGGAAAAUACAAUACAAUGGAGUAAAAGGGAACUUUUAGAAACGGAGAACAUAGCUAUAUUGCGUGAAAAUAAAAAACUUUACAGUCAAGUUUGUGAACUUAGAGAACAAAUACAUAAAUUAAAUAGGAUAUCAGAUGGCAGCGCUUACGGUGGACAGUUUGUUGGUGAUAGUACAAGAGUCAGUUCAAAUGUACUCUACGUAAGGAAAACAAGUAUUAGUCCGAGAUCACACGAGUCUAGUAACGGUUCCUCCGAAGCUAAUCUUGCACAAUAUGAUACAAAAACAAAUACAUCCGGUGAAGAAGAUGAAUUGGCGAUAGUUGAAAAAAGUGAAAAUUGUUAAAACAUGAAU